AUGGAUACAGCCAAAAGCCCGUCCGCUAACAACAGCACCAACGCCGCCAACCCAGCCUUCAAGCUGUCUGCUCGGCAAGAAGAACUUCUCCUCGCAGCGCUCAAUUCGAAUCCCGCCGCUUCGACGGCCCCAUCCAAUCCUGUAUUUGCGAUGGCCCCGAUGGCCUUCUCCGAAUCCCCAGUCCAGGCCCCAGGCUCGGGGACCUUGAACGGCUUUGAUGAUAGCCCGUUCAUUGACUACGAGUAUGAUUUUGAUGCCGACGGAAGUUUCGACUACGGUUUUAGCAAUGGCUCCGAGGGCCAGAUGAUUGGCACGCUUCCGGGAACCUCCUCCGACGGUGAUGCUGAUACCCACGACAAACGAAGUCAUCCAGACGAUGACGGAGACGAGGAGGAGGGUGGCGGAAAACGUAGAGAGGGGGAGGACAAGGGAUCGAAGAAGCCUGGGAGAAAGCCCUUGACAUCCGAGCCUACUUCGAAGCGCAAGGCUCAAAACCGUGCCGCGCAGCGAGCCUUCCGCGAGCGCAAGGAGAAGCACCUCAAAGACUUGGAGACCAAGGUUGAGGAUCUUCAGAAGGCCUCAGAGUCGGCCAAUCACGAGAAUAGUAUUCUUCGUGCUCAGAUAGACAAGAUGUCGGUGGAGCUAAACGAAUACCGCAAGAGAAUCUCUGUAAACGGAGGUGUCGGCCGGAGCACCUCACUAAACAAUGGCUAUCCUACACCUCUGUCGGGAAGAAGCCUCGGCGCCAGCCGAGGACUCAACGAUCCAAACGACGUCAAUUUCCAAUUCGAGUUCCCAAGGUUUGGCCGUCUUCCAGGCCCCGCGCCUACCUCCCUCAACGGCGCAAGGCAGUCCGUGUCCCCAUCAAUUACAGGACAGCAGACUACUAGCCCCAUAGAGAAGCAGGUUAGUCCUCGCAACCACUCUUUGGGAUCUCUAUCAAAUAAUGGUUCGGCUGUUGGGUUGACCAGGUCCCCUGUCCAGCUUGACAACGGGGACAUGUCCAGUCUGUCUGGUCUCUUCAGCCCUUCCAUCCUUAAGAGUGUUGGAAAGAGCCCUGAAUACGAUUUCUUUGGAAACAAAACCAGUCAGGGCUCCAAUGGGUCAAGGUCGAGCCCUGAAUCCGGCAAUGGCACCGGCAGCACCGGCCACAAUACAACAUACAGCUCACCAUCAGCAUCGUCAAAUUCUAACCAUGGGCCAAGCUCCUCGUGCGGCACCUCCCCAGAGCCGACCAUGCAAUCACCAGUUUAUAAGGCUGCUGAUUCUACGCUAACCACCAUUGGAGAAGAACACACUUCAGAAAACAAUCGCAUUGAAGGUGAGCUCACCUUCUGUGACAAACUCAACAUGGCCUGCGGCAACCCCAACAACCCAAUCCCGCGUACACUCUCUGAAUCUGCUGCAGAUUCAUCAAACAUUGAUAACCCGGCCUUCGACGUAAACGGCAUUGACUGGUUUGCUCAACAAAAUGGCAAUCAAUUCGACCCACAGCUAUUUGGCGAUUAUCGCGAACCUCAAGAUAACAUUAUCUCUGGGGACGCCUUUGGCGAUAGCUUUUUCAGUGAUGCUUUCGCCGUUCCUGAUUUUACCAGUCCUUUCAACAUAGAGCCCAGCCCUGCGCCUCACAAGAAGGAUCUUGUGCAGCAAAUCGACGAGCAGCAGAACGAGGGUGACGAGGAAGUGGUACCCGCAGAGGACACGACGAAACUGCUCAACUGCAACACUAUCUGGGACCGUCUCCAACAAUGUCCAAAGGUUAAGGAAGGGGAAUUUGACCUAGAUCUGCUCUGUAAGGACCUCCAAAAGAAAGCCAAGUGUUCCGAAACCGGUGCCGUGGUCAACGAGUCGGACUUCAACCGCAUUAUGAAAACAUAUGUUCAGAAGCCCGACGGCAUGACUACAGCCACAGGUCUUAAUUGA